AUGACUGAGAAUACUUUCGACAGAGAAGCACUCAAGAAUGAACUUCGUGAAGAAAUACUUAAUGAACUCAAACCAAAAGAACAAACACAAGAAGAGAAACCAGCUAAACCAAAGCGUAAACUCACAGAGAAACAAUUAGCUGCAUUAGCAGCUGGACGCGCAAAGAAUCCACGAAUGAUUGCAAAGAAAUUGAGAGAAGAGGAAGAAGCUAAGAAAAAUAAUAAGUAA